ACGGUCAUGGAGACUAAUCUGAGGUGCAAUUUUUGACUCAAACGCGAUGUCAGGAUCUUUAUCAUUCCCGCAUAAUGGAGUGAUGUGGUGUGAAAUAUACUUAAGACCUGUUUGCGUGGCGCACAUUCAGCCUUAAGGUUACUGACUGCCGUCUGACUUACAAAGGCAUGGGCAGACUAUAUCAAAGUAUAUCACACGGGGAAACAGGGGUCGCAUAUAUUUCCAGAGCAAUGGCUGAUCAUCAAGAAGAGUUUCUGAGGAAAUAUUUUCAUAUGGCGUACAAAUUAUCUCUGCCAGACAUUCUGGACCAAAUUUCUGAAUUGGACAAAUUUAGUGUCCGGCUCUGUGAAAAAGGAUUUCUUACAAAAGACGACCUGUUCAAAAUCAUACAGGCCUCAAACCCAAGAAUGCGUAAGAAUGUGCUACACAAGAUUUUGCUGGGCAAGGAAGAUUAUUGGCUGGCAUCGCCUUCGGAUCCAGACGACAGUGGAGUUUUGGCAGCCAUCUGUGAGAUGAACGCCUCCGCAGCCGAUUAUACUGUGGUCACUGUUUUGGAAGCCUUCCAUCACAUUCUGGAUAAAGUCUUGGAUUCUGACACACCCGUGCAAUCGUCAAUUUUUGGGGAGACUCAGGUCAGUUUUACAAUGUUUAUCUAGUAUUGUUGCAAAGAAAUGAGUAAAUGUUAGAAUGUUGAAUGAAAAGUACAUUUUUUCCAUCACUUUUCAAAAGUUGUAUAAUUGUCAAAAGUGCAGUUACAUUCUUAGGAAUAAAUUACAUAAAUGUUUUGUUUGUUUUACUUUCUUUUAUGUUAUAUUGAAAGAUUGUGCUAAACAGAUUUAAGCAUUAUGUUCCAAACCUCUUGAUGUGAAACCAGUUAAAUUAAUUAAAUUCUUAAGUAUUAAAUAGUUCUAUUUUUUAUUAUAUUUUACUUCUCCUUUUAUUAUAUUCAAAGAUUAUGCUAAAACAUUUUCAAUGCAUUAUAUUCCAAACCUCCUCAUGUGAAUC